AUGUCGUCAGCCGUCGCCGGCGCAUGUUUCUCGAUCUCCGCCGCCACCAAUAAUUCUCACAAGAACUCCUCCUCCAGAUCGCCUCUCCCAUUCCCGUCCAUCGCUUUCAUCCCUUCCCGCGGACGACGCAGUAUUACUCUUCAGCGGCGGUGUUACGUUGGAUCCAAGCCUACGAUCCUGGUUGCUGAGAAGAUCGGUGAGGAUGGUUUAAAGGUGUUGGAGGGUUUCGCGAAUGUCGACUGCUCGUAUGACAUGACCCCCGAGGAGCUGUAUGCUAAGGUCUCGCUCUGUGACGCUUUGAUCGUGCAUAGUGAAACAAUUGUUGGCCGUAAAGUGUUUGAAGCGUCUCGCGGACGGUUGAAGGUUGUCGGACGCGCUGGUGCUGGGUUCGACAACGUGGGCCUGAGAACAGCCACGGAGUUUGGGUGUCUGGUCGUCAAAGCGCCGAGGCCCAACACCAUCGCUGCCGCUGAGCACGCAAUCGCUCUUAUGACUGCCAUGGCCCAAGCUGAAGCCAAGGCUGGAGAUGACCAGUUGGAGAUGAACAAGCUUGUGGGAAAGACCCUUUUAGUUUACGGACUCGGGAACGUUGGGGCCGAAGUUGCUCGCCGUGCCAAGGGCCUUGGUAUGCGAGUCCUUGCUCUUGAUCCAUUUGUCGUAGCAGACCGUGCACGUGCAAUUGGUGCUGACUUAGUCCGCUUCAGCAGCUUAAGUGCUGCCCUCGCCAAUGCAGAUUUCAUUUCUCUGCACUUGCCCUUUAGCGAAAGAACAUGGAUAACACUAUCUGACCAUCGCUUUGCCAUAAUGAAGAAAGGAGUUUGCAUCGUCAAUGUUUCUCAUGGAGGUCUCAUCCACGAAGACGGGCUAGUGAAAGCUCUGGAUUCUGGUAUUGUUGCUCGGGCUGCAAUUGAUGUCUUCACUGAAGAUAUAUAUGAAUCGUUUAAAUACACUAAGCUUCUGCAGCACGAGAGGGUCACUGUGAUACCUCAUCUCGCAGCCAGUACUCAGAAAGGAGUUAGCACUGAUCUUGCUGAAGCUGUUGUUGGAGCUCUGAAUGGAGGAGGCGAGCUUGCUGCUACUGCAUUCAAUGCACCUAUGGUUUCUCCUGAGGUACCAACCGAGCUGAAACCAUAUGUGGAACUAGCCGAGGUUUUAGGAAAUUCGUUAAGGCAAGUGGCGUCCAGAGGAGUUGGCGGUUUGAAAAAUGUGAAAAUCACAUACGCCUCAGCACGGGCUGCUGACGAUCUUGACACCAGACUUCUACGAGCCAUGGUCAUCAAGGGAAUUCUCGAGCCAAUCUCCUCUGAGUUAUAUGUCAACUUGGCCAACGCCGAUCUCAUAGCCAAGCAGAAAGGUAUGAGGCUCUCAGAGGAAUUUGUGUUCUUGGACGGGUCACCAGAGAGCCCUUUCGAGAAAAUAACCGUUCAGCUAGACAUCGUAAAGCAUAUGUACCCAGAGUCCGUGUACCCCCCAGCGGACUUCAAAGUGGAAGGAAAGGUUAAAGACGGACGCCCGUAUCUGAUCAAGAAGGGACGUAGGAAUGUGGAACGUAAUUGUUCCGUAAGGCGCAUAAUGUAAUCAUGGAUUUUGUA